AGCAGCAAGUAGUUUACCAAAUUCGAGGAAAACUAUGCCUCUGCACUCGCUCUACUACUCUUUGUUGCUUUGUGGGCUUAUUAUGAGCCUUGCCUUUUCUUUGAUUGAAGCGGCAGUAGCAACACCUACAAGGGGCUGCUCGGAAGUGGAACGGGACGCCCUUCUCAGCUUCAAAGCCAACGUCAAAGAUCCUUCCCACCGUUUGGCCUCCUGGUCUCCACAAAUAGACUGUUGCAAAUGGAGUGGCGUCGUAUGCAAGACGACCAACAACGCAAGUUUGUUCGGAGGCCAGCAUGUUGUGGAGCUCAACCUUCAAAAUCCAAACGUUGAUACCGAGUCUUUCUUUAUUGAUCCGCAAACUUUCCUUGCGUCUCUACGAGGAAAACAUGCAAGCCCUCUUUAGUUAACGAAGAGAAGACUACUGCAGCACAAACUAAACAUAGCAGAACUAGAGAAUGAAGAAUGCCUACACCUGUAAAUAAUAUUUUUGGAGAAGUUUUAUUAUGUCACUCUUAUGUUGCAAUUGUAAGUAUACAAUUUACACUAGCAAACAAAGACGUGAACACAUUGUAUAUGGUAAAAAAAAAAAAACAGAAUAGAGUCAAUUAUAUGGAGAUUUCGAGUG